UUCUCGACUUGCUGGACUGUUGUAAAGCUGUGUCCAGCGGUGUCGCCACAUCUGCAGACCUCAGCCAUGAGACUGGGACUCUCUGCAUUUAUGGUUACAUGAAUGUCAGCGCUGCAGGCCAGAUGCCGGUGAUGGAGGAGCUUGUCAGUGAGAGCGACAGCAUGCCAAAGCGGAUGGCUCUGAUCUGCUUCCUGUCUCUGGUCAUGCUGAUGAGCGUCCUGGGAAACCUGCUGGUCAUGGUGGCUGUCUGCAAGGACAGACAACUCAGGAAAAUCAAGACCAACUACUUCAUCGUGUCCUUGGCGUUUGCCGACCUGCUGGUGUCAGUGCUGGUGAUGCCUUUUGGUGCCAUCGAGCUGGUCCACCAGCACUGGAUCUACGGCGAGACCUUCUGCCUGGUCCGGACCUCGCUGGACGUACUUCUGACCACCGCGUCUAUACUGCACCUGUGCUGCAUCGCCCUGGACAGGUACUACGCUAUCUGCUGCCAGCCUCUGGUCUACCGGAACAAAAUGACGCCCAUGCGAGUGGCUCUGAUGAUCGGCGGCUGCUGGGUCAUUCCCACCUUCAUCUCUUUCCUGCCCAUCAUGCAGGGCUGGAACAGCAUCGGCAUCAACCACCUGAUCGAGCAGCGGCGCCACAGCGAGGGCAGCAACUCCACAUCCUGUGUCUUCAUGGUCAACAAGCCAUACGCCCUCACCUGCUCCGUGGUGGCCUUCUACAUCCCUCUGGUCCUCAUGGUGCUGGCCUACCAGAGGAUCUACGUCACAGCCCGUGCACACGCCCUGCAGAUCAGCAUGCUGCAGCGGGCGGGAGGAGCCGGUGCCAGCGCGCCUGGUACUUCUGGCGCCGGUGUCGGCGCUGGUGCAGACUCUGCUGACCAUCAACGCAACCACCGUAUGCGAACAGAGACAAAGGCAGCAAAGACUCUGUGCAUCAUUAUGGGGUGUUUCUGCCUCUGCUGGGCGCCGUUCUUCGUCACCAAUGUGGUGGACCCGUUUAUAGACUACACGGUGCCAGACCAGCUGUGGGCAGCUUGCUUGUGGCUGGGCUACAUCAACUCCAUGCUGAACCCCAUCCUCUACGCCUUCCUCAACAAGUCCUUCCGCCGUGCCUUCCUCAUCAUCCUGUGCUGUGGGAGGAAGAGAUACCGCAGGCCGUCCAUCCUGGGGUCCGGCGCUCCCUGCACAGCCACGCAGAUCAACGGCUCCACACAUGUACUCAAGUAUUCUGUCCUUCAAAACGGGAACCACACGGAGCAGAAGAAGUCUCUGCACACCGGCACAGAGUCCCACGAGUCCUGCUUGUGACCCACAACGACUCCUCAGUCACAUCUCCAAUGACCUCGGCUCUCACGUCGUCACCACACAGACGAUGGAAACACACCACAGCCUUCACAAAUUCGGAGCUGAAAUCCAACACAGAUGGCUACAAAUCCAGCAGAACAACCACAGCCCCGACGGGACUUUCGGGAUCCAGGCGAGGAGCGUGACAUUGCAAAGGGUGCAUCUGGUUUAAAAGUUCAGCCGAAACUCACCCUGUGGUCUUUAAAGGUGGCAGGGACCUAGUGGAACUGGAACGAAACCAGUUCUCUUUCUUUCUGAUUUCUGUCAUGCUGGUUCUCCCCGUCUGCAGGCCCACAGAGACUGAGCUGUCCUGGUUGAACUGAACCGGAGCCGGAAUGCGACUGCGAUCCCGUCAGCAGGCCCGCUGGUAGCUAUCUGUGACGUCCAGCUUGUCUUGUGGAGAACCGGCAGCUUCGGUGGAAUGUGUAGGAGAACUUCACAGCACGAGACGCGAUUAAUGACUGACUGUGAGUCGUGGAAGUGAAUUAUGUUGCCAAAGCUAUUUCAUAUUACACAGAGGACCUAUUUCUGAUUAUUAUACGAUGCUCCCUGUUGUUUUCCAGUACAAAAUCAGACAAAUUGACGAUAGACUUUAGGAAGUCGUUCCCUGUAAAAUGAGCAUUGUAAGUCGGCUUUUUAAUCAAGUGUUAUUCAUGAGAAGAGGCAGAGUUCAGUGCGUUCUUUCUUUUGCGAAACAUCACAUGCUAAACAUCACGUGUUUUAGCCUUGACACA